AUGGAUCAAAGUGACCAUACUCACAUGCUGCUGUUAUCAGAAUCGCAUGCUCGUAGCACGGACCCUUCCCACACGCUGUCCCCCUCACCUGCCAGGUCCCCUCCAAUCCCAUCCCACCAUGGCGCAUCGCCCGUCUCCCUCCGCCCGUCAUCACCUCCCCGCACCGCUCCGAACCUCGCGUCGCUCACCGUCCUCUCCGUCCUCUCCUCGCCGCUCCACCCGCUUUUAUCCCUCCACGCGUGGCUGCGCGGGCUGGUGGCGUCGUUCGGACUGCCGUUCGUGGCGCUAGUGGGGGUCGUGUACGGGGUCAGCGAGGGGUACGCGGGCGCGCUCUACCACUUCGCGUCGCAGUACUACUGGAUGGACGUGCAGCGCCUGCAGCCCGCUUCCGCGCAGGCUUACAUGGUGUGGUGCCUCUCCCCAAAACAUCUCCCCCUCCCCUCCCUCCCACCUUCCUCCCCCGUCGAUUCUGCCCCGAAACCCCCUUCCCCGUCAAUUCUCCCUCUUUCCCCCACCGUUCCCUCCCGCCCGUUGCUCCUCCAUCCCACUAGGCAGUGGUGGCGGUGCCUUGGGAUCUCCGCCCCAUUUACGGACUCAUCUCUGACUCCUUCCCCAUCCGCGGUGGGAAUGGCUGAGCCGUCUUCACUUUCGCUUCUCCCCUCUCGCCUCGCCCUUUUCUCUCUCCCACUGUCCCUUACCCAUCUACCAGCUAGCUCCACUAUCUUCCCCUUUCCCUCUCCCCCCUCUCUCUCCCCUUCUCUUUCCCCCAGCAACACCUACCGCCAGCGCCCCUACCUCUUCCUCUCAGCCCUCCUCGGCCUCCUCUGCAGCCUUCUCGUGGCUCUCCUCCCCGCGCUCCCCCCCACCCUCGCCUCCCUCCUCCUAGCAGGCACCACCCUCUCCACCGCCUUUGCAGACGUCCUCGUAGACGGGCUAGUCGCAGCAAAGAUCCGCACCAAGCCGCAACACGCGGGAGACCUACAAGCCCUCCCCUGGGGUAUCCUCGCGCUCUCCUCUCUCCUCGCGUUUGCCCUCAGCGGCCCUAUUGUCUCUGCGUUUGGGGCACGCGGGGCGUUUUUUUUCUACGCGCUGGCACCGUUUGCGCUGCUGGUGACGGUGCUGCUGGUGCCGGAAGCGCCGGUGGCGGCGCGUAAGAUGAGGGAGAGUGGGUGGGGGAGCUUGAAGCGGUCUGUGCGGCUGUUUGUGCGCACGCUGCGCAACAGGGUCAUGUGGCGGGCCGCCAUAUUCCUCUUCAUGUCGCAUGGAGGCAUAUCCCUGGACAUCCCCACAGCGCUGAUCUACUGGUACACCAAGGCAGAGGAGGGUCCACGGUUCAGCAAGGACUUCAUGGGCGUGGUGUUCGCCAUGGGACGCGUGGGGCUGCUCAUCGGCGGAGGCAUAUCCCCGGACAUCCCCACAGCGCUGAUCUACUGGUACACCAAGGCGGAGGGGGGCCCACGGUUCAGCAAGGACUUCAUGGGCGUGGUGUUCGCUAUGGGACGCGUGGGGCUGCUCAUCGGCGUCUUCAUCUACCACCGCUGCUUCAAAUCCGCCUCCUACCGCUCGCUCCUGCUCUUCACGCUGCUGCUCCUCUUUGUCACAGGCUUCCUCGACCUCGUUAUAAUCACGCGCGUCAACAUCACACUCGGCAUCCCCGACCAUUUCUUUGUCCUGGGAGACACAGCCAUCUCAGAUGCAGUACGAAGACUAGAGCUCAUGCCCAUUCUCGUGCUCGCCGCUCGCCUCUGCCCCCCGGGCAUCGAGGCGACUCUCUUUGCCUUCUGCAUGUCUCUCAUGGUGUUUGGGGAGCAUUGCGCGGCGUGGCAAGGAGCUCUCAUGCUGCACCUGCUGGGCGUGAGAAAAGAUAGCUACGAGCGGCUCUGGCUGGCCGUGGUGCUUCGGAAUCUGUUUCGCCUCCUGCCGAUCGCUUUUCUUUGGCUGCUGCCGGAAGGAGGACCGGAUACGGAUUUAUUGGGUGAUAUGGGGGUUGAUAUGGAUGGGUUGGAAGAGGAGAGUGAGCAAGAGCUGAUGGUUGUGCAUGGGAUGGGUGAAGAUAAGGAGGGUAAGACUGGCGAUGGAGUCAACUACAGAAUUAUCUCGGUCGUCCCUCUCAAGAUAAUUCCCAUGGACGACCGUCGAGAAAGGACACGCGCCGCGCUCAUUUCAAGCCACUUUCUUGCGGCGCUGCUCCUCGCUGCGGCUGUGGGGGGCGCUCUUCCCCCCGCGGAAGCAGUCCCGCCAGGCAUGCCGCGGAAGCCCGCGCACAUCGUGCGGGUGCUGCUACGACAAAACCGGUUCGGCGCGCGUUGCCUGGACGGAAGCCCGCCGGGGUUCUACAUUCGGCGCGGCUACGGCACGGGGCGCAAGAGCUUUAUAAUAUACCUGCAGGGCGGCGGGUGGUGCCAUAACGUGGCGCAGUGCGCGGAGCGCACGCAGACCGUGCUCGGAUCGUCCAAGUUCUGGCGCCACCCCACCGACCCGGCAUUCCAGGCCUCGCUGCAAAAGUAUGGGAGCACGUUCACGGGCAUUCUGAGCCGCAACGCGACGGAGAACCCGUCGUAUUACAACUGGCACGUGGUCAACGUCUUCUACUGCGACGGAGGCGGCUUCUCGGGCACGGCCGGGGCUGUACGCGUUAACAGCACCUUCUCCAUGCACCUCGACGGAGCCAAGAUCCUUCAAGCUGUCCUGGAAGACCUGCAGCUGCGGUGGGGGAUGCGCACGGCGAAGCGGGUGCUGUUCACGGGGUGCUCGGCGGGGGGCCAGGCAGUCUCCAACGCGUGCGACAUUGUGGCGGACCAGCUGCCCUGGGCCAACGUCAAGUGCCUCAUGGAUGGAGGCUUCUUCCUCGAUGGUUCUGAUGUCACAGGGCAAAUGUACUUCCGUACGCUGGCCAAGAGGAUGACGGAACUGCAUCACUCUAUAAUGGAUCCCGACUGCAAAAACGCCAAUCCCCGGGGUCCCUGGCGCUGCUUCUUCCCACAAUUCAAUCUCUUCUACAUCUCUAGACCACUUUUUAUCGUUAACUCGGUGGCCGAUUAUGCAGCGAUUGAAAUCGCCAACCGUGGGCAGAACCAAUCUUCCACUGCUAGCAUCUUCAGCUGCCUCGAUAAAGUACUGAAAGACGAAACCGUCCUAUCAACCGCAAGCUACAAGUUAACUAUGGCGCGAACCAUUUUAUUCGCCGUGGACUCGUCGGAGGACAGCUACAACGCCGUGCGGUGGGCGGCGGAGCACCUCCUCCGGCAGGGCGACCGCAUAGUCAUCCUGCACGCGCAGUCGCAGCCCGACCUCGUGCAGGGCAUGGUGGCCAAGGACGUCCCGCUGGACCCGGAGACGGUGGAGUCCAUUCGCACGCACAUCAGCAACCUCAGCCGCAGAACGCUGCAGAAAUGCCAGGAGAUUUGCGCGGCCCAUAAGUUCUCCGCGGAAACGAGGGUGGAGAUAGGCGAUGCGCGCAUGGUGAUAUGCGAGCAGGCGGAGCAGCUAAGCGCGGACCUGCUGGUCGUGGGCUCGCGGGGGCUGGGCCUUCUCACGCGCCAACUCCUGGGCAGCGUGUCCAGCUACUGUGUACACAACGCGCCAGUGCCCGUGCUUGUGGUGCGACCCGAGGGAGAGGGCAGCAAGUGA